UAAAAUCAUUCACAAUCCCUCAACAGUACCCACAAGCCCUCACUCUCCUCGCCACCGUAGCCUGAAGUCUGAACGCCGUCUACCACCAGUGACCAGUCUCCUCGCUCCUCAUCAUCGUAGCUUCACCGUUGAAGACCGACCGGCGACCAGAGAGCUCAACCACAGCACCGCUUGGCUGAGCUCCAGCCUCCAGUACUCAUUGAGUCCGGCAGUUGGCGUCUCCUCCAACCUCCAUCUCCACCGCCACCGACCUCAGGAAAAAAAGGGGUUAUUCCAUUGUAAGGAAUAAGAUGUGCAUCUCAUGUAGCAAGAGUAAGAUGGUUCGAAAGGUUGCUAAAGGGAAGAUGAUGGCUUGCUUUUACGAAAGAUAACCAGAUGAGUGGCUUUCAAAAGCAGGGGAUCAAAUUCAAUGAAGGAGUUGGACAAAAAUCAUUAAUCCAAACACCAUGAUUUAGAGACCUAAAAUUGCUUUGAACUUAUGAACACCACCGUUAUUCCUCCUCUCCUACGGCAAAAAUGUAAACUUUUCUUCCCAAAGUUCUUCCGAAUACGCCAUCAAUCUACACUUUCUUUAAAUCAAAAUCUCGUUAUUCUGCUGCAAUCAUGCAAAGGAACUUUAGAAAUAAGUCAAAUCCACGGAUUAAUGAUCAAGACUGGCCUCGACCUGGUCCCCUUCACUCUCAGCAAACUUCUUGCCAAUUCGAUCCACCACACCAGUUAUGCAGCCAAGAUUCUCAAAUACAUUAAAAGCCCGAACCUUUACAUGUUCAACACCUUGCUUAGAAGCUAUUCAAUCAGUGAUCAUCCAGGAGAGGCCCUUAUUCUCCUCAAUCAUAUGAGGGCACAGAGUUUAAUGCUUGAUCAGUUCACCUUUGUCUCUGCCCUCAAAUCUUGUGCCCGUGCUUCUCAAAUACGGACUGGUUUAGGUGUUCAUUCGGUUCUCUUGAGAAAUGGGUUUGUCUUAUUUCUCAAUGUGAUGAAUAGUCUCUUGCAUUUCUAUUGUGCUUGUGGGUGGGUCAGUGAUGCACACAAACUGUUUGAUGAAUUUUCUGUGGAGAGAGACUUGGUGUCGUGGAACACUUUGAUGGGUGGGUAUCUUUGUGUACACAAGUAUAGCAUAGUUGUAGAUUUAUUUAAACAGAUACAUAGAGAUGGUAUAGGUGUUAGUGUUACUACAAUUUUGGGUAUUUUGUCUGCUGUUGGUGAGUUAAAGGGUCAUGUUUUUGGAGGAGAAUGUAUGCAUGGGUAUUGUAUCAAGGUUGGUCUUUCUAUGAAUUUGAAUGUGACCAGUGCUUUGAUUUCGAUGUAUGGAAAAACAAGUGACAUUGGUUCAGGGCACAAAGUCUUUGACGAAGCUGAUGCAAAAGAUGUUGUCUUGUGGAAUUGUUUGAUCGAUAGAUACGCUAAAAGUGGAAUGCUGGAAGAAGCAUUCAAGUUGUUGAGUUUAAUGAAGGUUCAAGGAGUGAAGCCAAAUUCAUCUACCUUUGUAGGCUUGCUUUCAGUUUCUGCAGCCUCUGGUGGCCUUAGUGUUGGCCGAUGCGUCCAUGGCUACAUAAAAGAGCACCAGUUAGUGAUAGAUGCAAUUUUGGGGACUGCUCUUAUAAAUAUGUAUACAAAGUGUGGUUUACUCAAAGAGGCUAUAGAAGUUUUUGAUAAUGUGGACAGGAAAGAUCUCAUGUGUUGGACCGCUAUGAUUUCUGCCUAUGGAGUACAUGGCCAGGCAGAGAAUGCGAUUGUACUUUUUCACAGAAUGGAGGAAGAAGGGUUCAGGCCUAAUGAAGUCACAUUCUUGGCAGUGUUGAAUGCCUGUAGCCACAAUGGAUUGGUUACUGAUGGGAAGAGCUGCUUUAGGAGAAUGGUGGAGCAAUAUUCCUUGUCCCCAAAGGUUGAGCACUAUGGAUGUGUGAUUGAUCUCUUGGGCCGUGCUGGGUUGUUAGAAGAAGCCAGGAAACUAAUCAAGAGCUUGCCCAUUGAGGAGGAUGCUACUGCAUGGCGUGCGUUAUUGGCAGCUUGCAGAGUAUAUGGCGACAUUAGUUUAGGGGAACAGGUUAAGAGAGAAUUGGAGCAAAGAUUUGAUGAACAUCCAGCCGAUUCACUCGCCCUCACUAGUGCCUAUGCCAUUGCGGGAAGGAUGGAAGAUCAUGCAAGCAUGCUUGAGAAGAAUGAAGGCAAACCAAUCGAAGAAUGGAAAUACUUUCCUAUUGGAAAGAAGCAAGUAGGUUUUAGUAGAGUAGCUGCAUGAUCAGAGGUCAUGGUUCAGUAAUGCAAAGGAACAAAGUAGAGUAAUGCACCUAUCAUAUUGAUCAACACAAUCCCAAAAAACUGAAGGUCAUUUCAAUGGGUUUUUCCAGUGGGUUGAGCAGAGAAUUUGCCUGCAUAUACGCACUGAUAGCGUAUGGUAUAUUCAUACACGUUCAUAUGCAAGCACAGACGGAGAACUUAAAGUUAGAAUUUUGAACAGAAAUGGUGCAGACAGUAUUUGCAUGGCGUUAUGGAGGUCAUGAAGUUUAUCUUAUGGUUCUAGCAAUGGGUGGGGUGGGGGUGAUAGAACAGUGAUGAAUUUGGUGAAUGGUUUGACCAUGGGUUUAAGUGCAGCUAUUGAUCUUCCACCAGGUUAUAAUCAGGUAUGAUGUAAAAUUGCAUUUCAUGAGAGUGAAUUAACUAUGAAUUGAUGUGAAAAAUUGAACAUAAGAGGCUUAUUAUGACUGGUAAUAUGUUAUAUUCACCAAAAAAAAAGAAAAAAAGAAGAAAGAUUGGAUCUUGGAGGAUGUUAAUUGCUUUAACAGGUUAUAGGAGCAUAUUUUGAGAAACUGGGGUCACAAUCAUUUGCAUUGACUGAUGCUGAUUAUAGGAGCAUAUCUCCGCCCCACAAAUGUGUAGAAUAAAUUGCAAAUUGCAGUGAAAAUCAAGAACUGUAUUCAAGUAUUGAUUCAUUUGACUUCAUGGCUGUGCAUGUCAGAUUAGCCAGCCUUUCUCCUAAAGAUGAAGAAAUCAUAGGGGUUAAUGUUUUCCAGUAUUAUUCUUUAGCUUGCAUUAUGUGGGACUCAGAAGAAAUGUAUGUCCUGAGAUACAAUUCUGUUGAUGAAGUUAACCGUUGUUUUCUUUUGACAUAGAAGAUAAUCUGCGGAAUAUUGGUCAGUUACUUUGUUUUCAUCUAUGAUAACCCAUAUUAUUUACC